GUCACCACUACUACAGUACUACCUGCUUUAGAGGGCAACCUCCUAUUCGGCUAUUCCCACCAUAAUAAUAGUAUCUUCUUCUCUCCUCUUGCUUUUUGGCAUUCCCUUUUCUCUAUUCCUCCCAUUUCCUUCUCUUUUUUUCUUUGUCUUUUUCUUUAAUUUCUCUCAAUCAUUCUCUUUAUUCUCCAUAUUCAUCUUUAAAACCCAGAUUUGAGCAGCCUUUUGGGAAUGGAAACCAGCUUCAACCCACACAAUCUUCACUUCACCUCUAACAUAAGGUUUCACAAGCAAAAUCAUCCAGACAGGACAGAAACAGAGCAUGAUGCCUCAGGACUUAGUUUGAGGAGCCUGACCAAGAUUAUUCUGCCUCCUCUGGGUGUCUCAAACUUUAACCAGAAUGAAAUGAACUCCAAAGGAUGGUUCAUCUCCCCCAUGGAUUCAAGAUACAGCUAUCAUUUGAGGUACUUUGGACUUGUUCAUGUAGGCAUGAUGCUUUAGUGGGUCAGUGUCUGCGUUACACUUAUGUGUGUGAAGAAUGAUGUUUGAUGUAGUAAUAAAUUAAGCAUUAGCUU